CUCAAAACUACGAGGACCAAAGCCAGAAUUAAGGGUACACCUUUAAGUUGCUUUUCUUACCGCUUUUUAUGCCUCUCUCAACCCUAAGGGAGAUGAGAAAGGCAUAAAAAGCGGGGUAAGCAAGCACCAAAAGCCUACCUCUAACAGAAGCAGAACACCUCCAUCGACAUCGACACGAAGUUCACAGUCCUCUUCUCCAUGAUUCUUCUCUCUCGCGCCAUCGUGGGUGCAACAAACGGCGCGAUAGGUAUGAUGGCUCACCUGCUAGUCAUGGAAAGUUGUAGUACCAAAAACCGGCACUCGUAUGGG